AUGGAGGAAUGCGUUGGCAGUGUGAAUUUUAGGACUGAGUUGAAGGUUGCGUUCCACAAAUGGGGGCCUGCACAGGACCCCUGUGGACAUCCUCUGGUUUGGCCUAAAAGAAUAGUGUUGAGCGACUACACUAUUACGACUACUAAAGAAGAAAAGAUAGUACGCCAGAAACUGACUAUCCUAAAUGCCCAGAAAGAAGAUGAAGGAUUCUACCAGUGUAACGUGACGGAUCACUCUAAUAAAACGAAUUAUUACGAAGUGAAAAUAAAUAUUUAUGAGCAAGCCCAGAAAUCAGUAGUUAAUUUUAGCAAAAGCUUGGAGGUCAUUGUCAAAGAGCCAGGGGAAGAUGUCAAACUCGUUGCAGGCUAUACAAUAUUUCCGCAUUCAGCAGACAUCGGAGUUGUGUGGACCAAAGACAGCAACCAGUCACUGCUGGACCUGAAGAAAUAUAAGAGUAAAACAACAGAUUCCAAGUUCAUAUUGAGGAUCUUUAAUCUCACAAAAGCAGAUUCUGGCUUGUACACUGUAACAGCUCAAGCUCCUGGGGGAUCAAACCAGAUGUCUUUUCACCUUCAUGUAGCAGAUAAGCCUGAAGUUAAGAUAAUAAAUGUCACAGGAUGUUGCUAUAGGCCUGGAGGAAAUUACGAAAUUCUGUGCCAGUCUGAAGCAUAUCCGCCACCGGUUCUGUACUGGAGUUGGAAACCGGUUUGCCGUGACCUCGAAUGCAGCGGCUCGGAUGAAUGGGAAGUCAUAGAAGAUUACUAUGAAGUAAAUAAUAGUACCGUGUGGUUAACGAAUAGUAAUGGAGACCUUUUUUCCUCUGCUAUUUUCCUUACAGCGCAAAAAUCAGGAUUUUAUAAAUGCAGCAGCAAGAAUGAAAAAGGCAUUGCAGAAGAUCAAAUACCAUUUAUUGUGUCUGACAUAGAAAGUGGAUUUCAAAUUUAUUAUGAUGAAACCGAACCUUUGGAAACGUCACCGUUUUCCUUAACGUGCAAAGCAAGCUUAGAUCUCUUCACGGAUUUACAUUGGAGAUGGAUACCUUACGGGCAAAGCGAAAGUAUUCCUUCUUAUAAUGCAAAAAUAGAAAAACUAAAAUCGUCUAACAAUAUUGGAAUUUCAUUGGAAAUUGCAUCUAUCAAAUUAAGUGAUGCAGGGAAAUACAUAUGCGUGGCGGAAAAGCGAAAUGAAAACAGCUCGGAGGAAAAAUCUGUUCUGAUAAAUGUAAAAGAAAUCAAGGAACCUUAUUUUGUGAACCCCAAAUGGAACAUAUCCGAAAUGAUAUUGCCACCAAACUCUGUGUUUACACUUGAAUGUUUUGUGAAUGGCACUCCGCAGCCGAAAGUAACCUGGUACAGAAAUGGAGAACUCUUUACCGAAAAUGCAACAGGAGGAAAAUUUGAGGAUAAUUAUCAGAAACUUCUUAUCGGAAGACUGAUGAAAGAGGACAGUGGAGAAUAUGAAUGCCGAGCUGAGAAUAUCGCUGGAGAAAUAAUGCAAAAGACUAUGCUAAUAGUGGAAG